ACCACUCCUUAGCCCCACCUCCUUCUUAACCCCGGUGGCCCCAAAUCCCCUCUGAAAGGGUAAGGUUCAGGUAUCAGCAUAGCAGCCUAUAAGACUUGCAUUGGGGUGGGGAGGGUAUGGAAGGCUUCGAUCAAAUGUCCUGAGUGAGCCAGGACCAGAUUGUCUCCAACACAAAAUAGCUGGGAAGUAGCACCACAGACUGUGCCAUUUUAGAUUAGACCAGCCCCAGGCAUGAACUAAGUCAGUCCACAGCCCUUGGAUUAGUCAUGGAACUGAAGAGAAGACAGCACAGGGCUGUGCCUGGCAGGGAGUCUGGAGUUUCUGGUUUUGGUGUGAGCCAGGGGAGGGGCCUCCAUGUAGGGAGAGGGCGGGAAACUAGGGCUGGGCCCCAGUCGGCUAUGCAAGGCUGUGCAAUCAGGCAGCACAAACCAGAGAAUCCAACAGCUUCCUGAAACUCAGGGGUGGACACUACAGCUUUGACCACCUAAGGCACCACUCCUGCUCCAAAGCUUGUAACUCCGUUUGUCAUUCUGAGGUCUGCUUAUCCUGUACCCCAAGGAUGGAGCCAGUGCUAGAAGUAAAAAUUGGCUGCCUCUUUGCCAUGCUGGUUGUCACGCUGGUCUGUGGCCUUAUUCCCAUCUGCUUCAAAUGGUUCCAGAUUGAAGCAGCCAGAGGUCGUCACCGCCAGGUCCUCAGCCUCCUGGGCUGCAUUUCUGCCGGUAUUUUCCUGGGAGCAGGAUUCAUGCACAUGACUGCUGAAGCCCUGGAGGGAAUUGAGUCGGAGAUCCGGAAGGUCAUGAUGCAGAACAGGACAGAGAGUGGAGGAAAUUCUUCUGGAGAUGCUAAUUCAGCUUCUACAGACUAUCCCUAUGGAGAGCUCAUCAUCUCCCUGGGCUUCUUCCUCGUCUUCUUUUUGGAGUCGCUGGCAUUGCAGUGCUGUCCUGGAGCCCACAGAGGAUCAAAAGUGCAGGAGGAGGAAGUGGGUGGGGCUCAUGUCCUUGGACUCCACAGCCAUGGAUCUCUACCCUCACCCUCACAGAGUCCCUUUCGAGCCCUCAUCCUUUUGCUCUCUCUCUCCUUCCACUCGGUGUUUGAAGGUCUGGCUGUGGGGCUGCAGACAACAGUAGUAGCCACCGUGCAGCUCUGUCUUGCUGUCCUGGCUCACAAGGGGCUCAUAGUGUUUGGUGUAGGACUGCGACUGGUGCAGGUAGGCACUGCACCACGAUGGGCCGUGUUCUACAUACUGUCAUUUGCUCUCAUGUCCCCCCUGGGUGUAGCCAUAGGGCUGGCUGUGGCUGGAGGGGACUCAGAAGGAGGGCAAGGCUUAGCCCAGGCUGUGUUAGAGGGUGUUGCAGCUGGUACCUUCCUGUAUGUCACCUUCCUAGAAAUUUUGCCCAGGGAGCUAGCUGCUCCUGAGGCCCCUAUGCUCAAGUGGGCCUGUGUAACCGUUGGUUUUGCCUUCAUGGCCUUAAUUGCCUUGUGGGCCUGAGAGAUUCCUGACUUUUUGAUGGAUCCAGGAGACACCUCCCAAAAGGCUUUGGUCCUCAGACAUUUCUCCACUGAGACUAAGUGCCAUUCCCUGGGCAUCAUCCCCAUGAACUGGAUCCCAGCCUCUCCUACGUGAGAUCCCAUUGCUCAUCCAGGACUGAGAAAGGGACGUUUAUUUUAGGUUGAGUGCCUAUACUUUGGAGAAUUGAUAUAAAGACCAUCACUGCAGAUUUGACUCUUGUUCCAUUUUUGCUACUGUGUGUAAUAAAUGUCCAUUUUACCCUCCCCCUUCAAGCAUGCUAUAGUUUCUUUCUCCAGGUUACCCAACUGCUGCCUAGUGGAGCAGGAAGUGGGGAGGGUGAGUGUUGGAUGCAGUCUUUUCUUCUGGAAUCAGAGCCCCUAGCCAUUGUAUCACUUGCAGCCAUGUCCCCCAGACAUGGGAGCAUUGCUGAAAUUCCAACAGCCCGCUCCCACCUUACCCACAGGUGUUGAGAUCCUGAGCCAGAGUUCCCAGCAUUUAGAGGAGAAGAGGUUUAAAAACAGAAACGGUGGGGAUCUAGAUUUUUUUCUACACUAACCACACCUACCCCACUCCCAGCCGCCCACAUGUCCAACAAACUCUUCAGAUCAGGCUCAAUGGAGCCUACUUCACCUGGUUUCUAUUUUUCAUACUGAGUCCUGUGUGGCUUCAGGGACACUAUUGCUCUUUGAGCCUCUGUCUCAUUCCAGCUGCCUUGUGCUGCGGGGUUAAGAAGCAGUGUGUUUGGAAAGAGAGAAAGACGCCAGAUAAAUUCCAAGGGUGAUUACUUGGCUCUGCCGAGACGGUGCCUUUCCUUCCGCCUGCCCUACCUGCCACUGUGCCUCUGGUCCCUCCCCAACGGGCCAUUUGCCUUUCAGGCGAGUAACCCCUACAAUGUGCUGCUCCUCUUAAAAACUGCACAAAUAAAACAGCUGGUUACCUGGAA